AACAAUGCAAUCGUGUGCCUUGGCCUCCAUUGUUUCCUCGUGAUGCACGCUGGCCGAGGAAGAAUUACAUUACACUACACUGCAUUACCUUAGUUGAAAGUAUGCCACCAGGCUGACAGUUGGGUGUUUCACAGGAAUCGUUCAGAUUGUGUUUAGAGUGGUGGUGGCCAGCAGCAGAAUCUGGAAAAUUGGGGUUCAGAAGUCUGGGGACUUGGCGAUUGAUUCGGCACUCUUUAUACUUUUUUUUUUUUUUUUUUUUUUUUUUUGCAGUGGGAGAUGGGUGUUGAUGUGAACUGGUGUUUGCGGUAGCUGAUUCGUUCACGAGGGUUAGGUAGGCGCUGGGAGAAGGGGACAAGGAGAGGUUGGUGAAGACCCUGGAAGGCUUGAAGCAGGGAAGACAAAGGGAGUAGACGGGAGGCGGGAGGUGAAUGUUUGGUUGCAUUGUAGGAGUUGGAGGAGUGAGAGAGUCCUUGGAUUCAGUCUAUUUCCCAACAUGGCGUUCUUACAGAAAAUUAAGUCUAUCGACGCGUCCAUGAGGCUGCUGGUGCCGAAAAAGGUGUCAGAAGAUGACAUGCUAGUUGAUUACGGCGCCAAGUUGGUCGAUCGGUCCCUGGCCAUCUUGGAAAAUCUGCACGGCAAAGAGAUGAAAGAUACAGUACUAGAAUGCUACGAAUUGGCGGGAGCGUUUUGCGCCGACAGUAGGAACGAGGAGAAACUUCAACAACUAUCAUCGUUGCUGAAUAAUCUAGAUGCUGGUGAUUCAAUCGUGGUGGCCAGUUCUUUCUCGCAUAUGCUUAACCUUGAGAACCUGGCGGAGGAGGUGCAGAUUGCCCAUCGUCGUCCGGCUAACAAGAAGGGAAACAUUGGCGAUGAGAAUAGUGCAUUGACGGAGUCCGAUUUGGACCAGACGUUUCAAAGGUUGGUGAAGAAGCUGAAAAAAUCCCCGGAAGAGAUUUUUGAGGCCCUCAAGAAUCAGACUGUCGAUUUGGUCUUCACGGCGCAUCCAACCCAAUCAGUUCGUAGAUCUCUGCUUCAGAAGCAUUCUCGGAUUCGAAAUUGCCUGUCACAAAUGUACCAGAAAGAUAUCACAGCGGAGGAGAAGCAGGAACUAGACGAAGCUCUACAAAGAGAGAUUCAAGCUGCAUUUCGUACUGACGAGAUCCGACGGUCACAGCCAACACCCCAGGAUGAGAUGCGUGCAGGCAUGAGUUACUUCCACGAGACUAUCUGGAAUGGAUUACCCAAGUUCUUACGGCGUGUUGAUACUGCCUUGAAGGCUAUCGGUGUGAACAAGCGUUUGCCACAUAAUGUGCCACUCAUCCAGUUUUCCUCCUGGAUGGGUGGUGAUCGCGAUGGCAACCCGCGCGUCACUCCCGACAUGACAAGAGACGUGUGUCUGUUGGCUCGACUGAUGGCAGCCAAUCUUUACUACUCCCAAAUUGAGGAUCUUAUGUUCGAGCUGUCUAUGUGGCGCUGUAGUGACGAGCUAAGACAGAGAGUGGCGGUUUUGGAGGCGCAACCUAAGAAGGAAUCGAAACAUUACAUUGAGUUCUGGAAACAAAUUCCACCCAGCGAGCCUUUCCGAGUCCUUUUGGGAGACAUGCGUGACAAGCUGUACAACACCCGGGAGUGGAUGCGUCAGCUGCUAGCCAACGGCAAAUCUGACGUCAAUCGGGACAACACUUUCACCGAAAAAUCGCAGAUUCUUGAGCCUUUGGAGCUGUGUUAUCGGUCACUGUGCGAAACUGGAGACAAACCCAUAGCCGACGGAAGUCUUCUGGAUUUCAUGCGCCGUGUUUCGUGCUUCGGGUUGAGCUUGGUGCGGCUGGAUAUUCGGCAAGAAUCUGAUCGCCAUACUGAUGUGAUGGAUACCAUUACUAACUAUCUGGGCAUUGGAUCUUAUCGCGACUGGUCGGAGGAGCAGCGUCAGGACUGGCUUCUGUCUGAGCUUCGGGGGAAGAGGCCUUUGUUUGGACCCGGUAUGCCGACAUCAGAGGAAGUGAAGGAUGUCCUGGACACUUUCAGAGUCGUUGCUGAGUUGCCAGCAGAUUGCUUCGGCGCUUAUGUCAUCUCUAUGGCAACUGCUCCAUCAGAUGUCUUGGCAGUUGAGCUCUUGCAGCGCGAGUGCCGUAUCCCGACUCCACUGCGUGUGGUGCCUUUGUUUGAGAAACUUGCUGACUUGGAAUCAGCCCCCGCCUCGCUUUCACGCCUCUUCUCAAUUGACUGGUAUCUAAAUCGCAUCAACGGCAAGCAAGAGGUCAUGAUCGGAUACUCCGACUCAGGCAAGGAUGCGGGUCGUUUGUCAGCAGCAUGGCAAAUGUUCAAAGCACAGGAGAAUCUUUUGAAAGUUGCAAAGCAUUAUGGAGUCCGUCUUACAAUGUUCCAUGGUCGCGGAGGCACCGUUGGCAGGGGUGGAGGUCCGACGCAUCUUGCUAUUUUGUCUCAGCCUCCAGACACUAUCAAUGGAUCUUUGCGGGUCACCAUUCAAGGAGAAGUUAUUGAGCAGUCGUUCGGAGAGGAGCACCUGUGCUUCAGGACAUUGCAGCGUUUCACUGCCGCGACACUUGAACACGGAAUGCACCCUCCCAUUGCUCCAAAGCCUGAGUGGAGAGACCUCAUGGACUCCAUGGCAGUGGUUGCCACCGACGAGUAUCGCUCCGUUGUCUUCAAAAAUCCCAGAUUUGUGGAGUACUUCCGAAUGGCCACGCCGGAGUUAGAGUAUGGGCGCAUGAAUAUCGGCAGUCGUCCAUCGAGACGCAAACCCAGUGGCGGUAUUGAAUCCCUGCGAGCCAUCCCAUGGAUCUUCGCUUGGACGCAAACACGGUUCCAUUUACCCGUUUGGCUUGGACUUGGUGCUGCUUUGAAGAGGGCAUUGGAAGACAAUCCCAGCAAUUUCAACACUCUUUACCGGAUGUACGACCAAUGGCCUUUCUUCCGAGUGACGAUCGACUUAAUGGAGAUGGUGUUCGCAAAAGGUGACCCUCGAAUUGCCCAGUUGUACGAUGAUUUGCUCGUCGCCGACGAGCUGAAAUCUUUGGGUAUUGAGCUGCGGCAAAAAUAUAACGAGACCAAAGAGCAUCUUCUAAAGGUUGCAAGACAUACGGAAAUUCUCCAAGGUAAUCCGACUCUGAAGCAGCGUUUACGACUUCGAGAACCUUACAUCACUGCUCUCAAUGUGCAACAAGCCUUCACGCUCAAGAAGAUGCGAGAGCAGCAUAGCCAACUGACACAGCCUGAUUCUCCCAAGCCCACGAAGCCUGCCGCGGAACUGGUGACGCUAAACCCAACGACCGAGUUCGCGCCUGGACUAGAGGAUACCAUGAUCCUUACAAUGAAGGGUAUUGCUGCAGGCAUCCAGAAUACAGGAUAGAUUCCAAUUCAACAUCAAGAUUAUGAUACAUCGAGCAGGACAUGUGUGCUGCCAGCCAUACUGUCAGGGUUCCGUGGACGCAACAAAUUGUGUGCUCUAGGGAGGUAGAAGAACAAAACAUCUCCAAGAGCACACAUCCGAUUUCUAGUGCUUCUUUCCAAAGACUAGUUCGGCUUUUACAGAACCUCAACGGCAGAGUUCUGCAUUGUGGUUAAUGAGCUAGGUGGAUCCGUAGGAUUGUGCAAUCCGGUUUACAAGACAGAAUAGUUGAACAGUUCUGUCCUUCGGUCAGGCGCGAUGUCAAGCCUAUUCGUCUUCCAGAUUCCAUUUGUGGACAGUCUACCCUUUCAAUGAGUGCAGGAUGAAUAAUUCUGAUGAACUAUUUGCAGCUCAUGCAUUCUUGCAAACAA